CCGCUGCUGCUGCUGCUGUGCGAACAUGGCGGCCGAGAUCCACUCCAGGCCGCAGAGCAGCCGCCCGGUGCUGCUGAGCAAGAUCGAGGGGCACCAGGACGCCGUCACGGCCGCGCUGCUCAUCCCCAAGGAGGACGGCGUGAUCACAGCCAGCGAGGACAGAACUAUCCGAGUAUGGCUGAAAAGAGACAGCGGUCAGUACUGGCCCAGCAUUUACCACACAAUGGCCUCUCCUUGCUCUGCUAUGGCUUACCAUCAUGAUAGCAGACGGAUAUUUGUGGGCCAGGAUAACGGAGCCGUGAUGGAAUUUCAUGUUUCUGAAGAUUUUAAUAAAAUGAACUUUAUCAAGACCUACCCAGCUCAUCAGAACCGGGUGACCGCGAUUAUCUUCAGCCUGGCCACAGAGUGGGUGAUCAGCACGGGCCACGACAAGUGUGUCAGCUGGAUGUGCACCCGCAGCGGGAACAUGCUCGGGAGGCACUUCUCCACUUCCUGGGCUUCGUGUCUGCAAUAUGACUUUGAUACUCAGUAUGCUUUUGUCGGUGACUAUUCUGGACAGAUCGCCCUGCUGAAGCUUGAACAGAGCUCCUGUUCAGUUAUUACCACCCUUAAAGGACAUGAAGGUAGUGUCGCCUGCCUCUGGUGGGACCCUAUUCAGCGGUUACUCUUCUCAGGAGCCUCUGACAACAGCAUCAUCAUGUGGGACAUCGGAGGAAGGAAAGGCCGCACGCUUUUGCUCCAGGGCCACCAUGACAGGGUGCAGUCGCUGUGUUACCUUCAGCUCACGAGGCAGCUGAUCUCCUGUUCCUCAGACGGCGGAAUUGCAGUGUGGAACAUGGACGUUAGCAGAGAGGAGCAGGGCCCGUCGUGUCGUCGUAAUCACCGUGUCUCCUUCAGGGACAUUGUUCACAGGCAGUGCUUUCAAACCACCUUCUCUCCUCCCUGGUCACAGAAACAAGCUCCUCAGUGGUUAGAAAGUGAUUCUUGUCAGAAAUGUGAGCAGCCCUUUUUCUGGAAUAUAAAGCAGAUGUGGGACACGAAGACACUGGGGUUGAGACAGCAUCACUGCAGGAAGUGUGGGCAGGCUGUCUGUGGGAAGUGCAGCAGCAAGCGCUCCAGCUACCCUGUCAUGGGCUUCGAGUUCCAGGUCCGCGUCUGCGAUUCCUGCUAUGACUCCAUCAAGGACGAGGAUCGGACUUCUCUAGCAACCUUUCACGAAGGAAAACAUAACAUCUCCCACAUGUCCAUGGAUGUUGCUAGGGGCCUGAUGGUGACCUGUGGGACCGAUCGCGUGGUGAAGAUUUGGGACAUGACGCCCGUGGUGGGCUGCAGCCUGGCGACUGGGUUUUCUCCGCAUUGAUCCGGGAGCCGGGCGGGGUCUGCGCCUUCCCGGGAGCAGCCUUCACCAAACACGGUGCUUCCUUGUAGCCCCACGGCCACUGGCACGUGGAUGGACAGCAAGCCACUAAAAAAACAAAUCAAGGUUUUUAAAAAGAAAAAAAAUGUAAAGGUGUGUUUUGGGGCGUUUGUCGCACUACCCGUGGGAUGUAGCGGGUCCCCGAGGAGUGGAGUUACUCCAGAGAGACGUCCUCGGGGGUGGUGAGCUGACCUGUGCUGAGGCAGUACAUUUAGCACGCGAGAGUUCGGGUGGAAAGAUACCGUACGGAAGAGUUAAAGCCUAGAACUUUCUUCAAGCAGUUCCAACUACAAACACACUCCCCCCCCCCACCAGACCUGCUGGGCCCGCAGGGGCUCCCGUGCUUCUCUGCAGGCAGAGCAGGGGUCAGGGGAGGAGGACUUGUUCUCUCCCUUGGGGGGGUGCAGUGGGACCUCGGAGCCCAGAGAUCCUCCUCAUCUGUCGGCAGUCUGUGAAUAUUCUCCACCCCUAGUCACCGAGGAACCUCUUCACAAUAUCUGUCCUCUCCAGGUACUGUGCCCUGUCUGCCUUUAGCGUGUGGCCCACUUCAGUCGUUUCUCGUCCCAGCCAGCACACCGUGGGCGAACUCGCAGAUUGUCGCUAAGGGAGCUGUACCGUUUCUAUACUUAACCAAGGCAGUCCACGCUCUUCCCUUUCCCCCCGGAUGUGCUCUGAGGACAAGACGUUUCUCUAUGGUGCUGUUAACAGGGGACUCACACAAGCCGCCCGACUUUUUCUGAUUGCCGUCAGUGAUGACUCAUGGAAAACCCAGCUACCAGCACGUCUGUGAUGGGAAGUGAACAGUCCAUUCCAUGGAACAGCCCGGUCCUCCUAAAAGACACAAUCUGUUGGCAGUUUCAAGAUGAGCCCCUGGGAUACUGUGGCCAUUUGAUAGACACCUCAGAAAAGAACUCCAAAGCUUUUUAAAUUAGGUUGACUUUUAGUUGUGACUUACUUCACAGAAGGAAAUUGGUAAUCCAGAGCAGUAACUGUUAACCAGGUCCUGCACAGUAAUUCCUAACUUGUAAAUUACGUUCAUAACAAUUAGCAAAAUCUGUUGUAUCAAACGGCAUUUUUAAAGUUUUUGGCGGCUUAGUACCAGGAUGGGGAAGAGGUAGGGAACGGGGAGCCUGUCUUUUAAUAUUCAAAUAUCUAUUUGUUUUUAACAGCAAAACAUGUAUCUGUUACUUUAGGGCUAUGGAAGUGAGAGGAGAGAAGUCGACUUUUUUUAAGGACAGAUUUUAAAA